AUGCCAGGUAGCGCAGCAGAGUUUCGCCAGCAGAAGGCUAUCUCGACUGCCCACGCUGCGUUGCGCUGGGACGUCCUCCGUAUGCGUCUCCGAAAGCCCAGGAUAGAACUACUGCCAGGCCAGGCCAGGCCAGGCCAGCUUCGAGGGCAGCAUCGCCGCGCCGUCGGAUUCGCUGUCAAGUCACCUCCACUCCACAGUCAGUCGACCAUCGCCCACGCCCACGCCCACGCCCACGCGCAUUCGGCCACGGCCACGGCAGCCGACACAUCCACCGAGCCACGCGCACACCUGCUGAAGACUUGCCCUUCACCAACGAUGAACGGCAACCCGGCGACAGCGACAGCGACCGCAGCCAUGCCUGUGCCUAUGCCUGCAGGCCCUGAAGAUGCUCCCAGCGCUUCAAGAGGUAGUGGAGGCUCAACCCGCUCGUCGGGCAGCAGGAGCAGACCAAAUGUGAGAAUAUACCAUACUAUUGUUCCGCAACAGCAACUGUCCACCAUCGAGAAGUCGGUAACGCAUCUGCUUGUCGCCACCAAGCAGCUUCUCGAAACGCUAACCAUGUGGUCGACUGGACGCGCCACCGAGGGCCAAGUGUCGGACGUAUACGUGCGCUUGGGCUAUGAGUUCAACAUCGCUUGCAGGGCAUUCAACGCCAUUGGUGUCGACACCGCCGACCUUGGUCCUGUCCCAGAUCUCUUACGAUCUAUAUUGGAGGAUACCUUGAGUCAGGAUGCAAGUCAGCAGAGUUUGGAAAAGUAUCUGCCACGCAUAAGAGAUAUAAUAAUAAACUUGCUGCAUGGCUUGAAGAAGAAACAGCAGAGGUUGAGGCAGCGAAGCAAUAGAGACGGAGGAGAAUCGAGCAGCAGCAGCAGCAGACCACCGAGGCAAGCAUCGACAGCGAGCACUAUGAGCGUGCAGACAAACUUGACGGAACAGCUGGACCAUCUACCGACACGACACUCGAGCAGCAGAUCGUUUGCGCAAAGGCAAGGAAGUGGGGAUCUCGGAGGACCAGAUUUGCCUCCACGGACAACGAGCGCUGCUAGCGGGACUUCGUCACCUCAAAGACACGCUCUGAGCCCACAGAACAGCGUCAGCCACCCUUCAGGCAGACCGGACACCAUGUCUACAGCUUCGGGAUCGUCAGUAUCCAGCGAUACUCUCCAGAAUAUACCAGUGAUAGCGCCCUACCCGGAAAGCGAUACGAUGCCUACGAACCAUAAUGUGGAAAGAGACCAGUCUUCGCCAGAACCGCCGAAGCCACCACCGAAGCAGAACGAUGCCUUGUCGGCGCUCCAACGUGGGGGAGACUUGGAGAGGAGAGCGUCAAGACGAUUUUCAGCGUACCAGAUAUCGAAGCAUUUGGGAGGCAUGAUGAAUGGCAUUCCCGCUAUACCUCCCGCUCAGAACUCACCCAUACCGAAUAGAGGUCGGGAUGUGCGUGAGUCUUUGAAUGCCGUCCGCUCGCGAGGUAGUGUCUUGCACAGCCGGACACGAUCACGGAACCAGAGAACCGGCUUUGACUCUUCUCCGGCACGAGAAAACGAGGUAAGGCGGAUAUCUGAGGAGAGCUCGCAGCUGGACGACCCAGCAGCACAAGGCAAGCCUACUGCGAGGGAGGAUCUGGAUGGUGAAAUCGUGAAGACGCCCGAGGACAAAUUGGGUACGCCCUUUGCGCCUUUAGGUGAAGAAGCUCCGAGUGCAACGUUGAACGGCCCCAUUGGCGAACCUUUCGCCCCGGCAGGCUCUUUUGCCGCACCCGGAGCUACAACUACCAGCACGUCGCUGAAGCGGUACAAUCGAGAUUCGGGACGACAAGGUCGUGACUACACACCGCCAGUGUCUCAAUAUGUUCCCGAGGGAUCGCCGCAGCUCGGCAAAGAAUUGACUCUAUUCUUACAGUACAAGAGCAAAAUCAAGAAGUUCGUACUUCCUGAUGGUGGUGAUCUGACUCUUGCGCGGCUUCAGCUGGCCUUUAUCGAAAAGUUCGCCUGGAAUACUCACAACCAUGGUGUCGACUUGCCAGAGAUAUACAUCCAGGAUCCAGUGUCCGGUGUCAGGCAUGAGCUUGAAGAUCUCAACGAUGUCAAGGAAAGGUCGGUUUUGGUAUUGAACAUUGAGGCUCUCGACGAAGUGAAGCGGCACAUUGAUGAUGGCAUUGGUGGCUUGCGCCGAAUCGUGGAGGAUAUCAAGUCCGGCGUGGACGAUCAGCGGACUGCUUUGCAACGUGUCUCGGAUCGCCAGCAGGAUACCGCUAAAGAAUUGGCCAGUAUCGCUGCAGCGCCUCCUCCUGCUGUCGUCUCGCCAACAAGAGCUAAUAGUGGUACUGGUAAUAAAGACCUGGCCGGCCAAUUGAAGGAAGUGCAAGGACUGCGCCGCGACCUCGCUGUUGUCAGACAGACUUACAAAUCCUUCGUCUCGGACAUGCAAGCUUCGAUGAGCACGAUCCGAUCCAAGGCCGCAACUGUCAAGAAGGCUGCUGCAGAUACCACGAUCCCUGACAUGGACGAGAAUACUGGCCGCGCCUAUGUCAACAACGGCAAGAAGACUCUCUCUGACGACAGCGAGCGGAUCGUCAAUAAGGUCGAUGACCUGCAAGAUCUCGUCGAGGAUCUUCGAAAGGAUGUCGUUACCCGUGGCGUGCGACCUCUACCUAGACAGCUUGAGAGUGUCAGCAAAGACAUUAGCACCGCGACUGCAGAUCUCAAGAAGCUGCAGGAAUUCCUCAAACGUGAGAAGCCAGUGUGGACGAAAAUCUGGGAGAAAGAAUUGCAAGUGGUUUGCGAUGACCGUGACCUGCUUACAAUGCAAGAAGAGCUUGCCGCUGAUCUUGAAGACGAUCUUGAGAAGGCUAGCCAGACUUUCGCGCUUGUUGAAGAGGCGACCAGGCAACAAAAUCUGCAAAACCCGAACGGUGCUCCCACUCCAGGAGUCCGCUCCACAUCUCGUACUCUGGCUCUAGAUCAGGGUGCUGAUCCUCACAAAGCCAAGGAUGGUGUCCUCGGUGAAGUCAGAGCUCUACAGCCGAACCACGAAUCGCGACUGGAAGCCAUAGAGCGCGCCGAGAGGAAUCGACAGAAGGAGCUAGAGAAUCGCAAAGGCGGAGAAUUCCAACGUGAACUUGGCAAAUUCGUUGACGAAGGCAAGCUGAAGAAGUCCGGCGGCGUCGAAGAAGUCGAGAGAGUCCGGCAACAGCGCGAAGAGCAGACCAGAAAAGAAGUCCUUCUCUGGCAACAGCAAAGAGCUAGGCAAAUGGCCGAGAAAGAAGCUGCCGCUGCCGCUGCACAAGGCGAGGCCUCUGAAGCAGCCCCCGAGACCGACGACGGCGCGACACCACAAGAGGGCUCACCCGAGAACGAAGGCUUCGUCGACGCGAAGGAAGAAAAUGGGCGGCAAGCAGAAGACGUAGUAACGACAACUCCCGACCGUCACGAUUCUGGUUACGAUCCUUUUCGAGAAGUGGGCAAUGAGAAGCCGAGGAGUACUUUGGCCUCGAGUACUCUCUCCUACUACGGUGAGGAGUACGCCUUGAUCGGACGAGGAAUGAAACUAGCAGCGCGCUCGCCAGGAAUACAGGACCCCGAGCUGCACAGACUUGUAGAAGCAGGAGGGAGAGAGGGAGGGGAGGGAUUUUAUAGAAAGAAACGAGACGAAUUCUGUCAGUCAGUCGGCCCUUUUCCUCGUCUGCAUGCGUGUGGUGGUCUUCAUUGGAAUCGCUCUGCGCGGACAACUUCGGUCAGGAUUGAGAGCAAACGCUGUCUGUGGAUUCAGGACCCAGGUCGAUCGAGAGUAAGUUGGACGUUAGACGCGAAAGUAUCAGCACCCGACUGGUCCAGCUGUCCUCUGCGGCCUUCGCUCCAAGAUAUGAAUGAUCCUCUCUUUCAAUGUAAAUAUAGAGUGAUGGAGUCGCCGAUGCGACAGCGUGACAUCAGCUAGAUUGUCGUGUCGUAUAGAUCAAUCAAGGUCCAAAUCUUCCCGUAUCAUCCAUAUCUCGUCGAAACCUAGCCGUCAUUUUGCGCAGCUUUAGCAGGGGAAACAUCCCCUUUCCCUCUCGUCGGUCCUCCAACCACCAUGCCCGUAAUUCCAACUACACCAAGCAACGUCCCACCCACGACAAAAAAACUCAACAACGUACUCCCACCCUCAGCACCUUCUCUUUCCCGAAAACUCGCCCCUUGUUUCCUACUCCUCUUCGCCUGUCGCCGUUCACUCAAAUUCCCCAAAUUCUCAUGCGUACGAGAAUGUCCAGCGCGAUCGAAAUGCGGCACAUCAUGAUCGAAGCCCGUCGCAAAACCUCCGGGUCCCAUUCCAGGCCCAGACGCCGACUCCCCUCUAGCUUCGAAAGUAUGUGACGCCUUCUCAGCGUUCUCGCGCCUCUUUUCGCUCUGUUCGCCCCAGCCUCCACUUCUGUAAAACGAGGGUGGUGGACCUCUGAAUUGUGUUCUUCGACGGCUUAGACCUGAGGCGGGGCGACCGCCGGGGCCACUUUGGGAGGAAGAAUGUGAGCCUUGAGGUGUGCUAUAUCCGCCUCCUCUUCCACCUGAUGUUGGAGCCGGUUGACGAAAGAAGGCGCGAUCAUAACGUUGUUUCUUUUCUGCGGAUCCAAGGGUUGCGUAUGCUUGGCUGACUUUUACGAAGCGUUGUGAUUUUGCUUGGUCGUUGGGGUGGAGGUCGGGAUGGUUGGCUUUGGAGAGUUUGUAGAAGGAU